CAUGGUACAGGGGCAGAACUACAUUUAUCACAAUACAAUCUGUUGCUCUUUUAAAAAUCAUAGUAAGUUUUAUUGCAUUGUAUUUUUAUUAUGCAUCCGUGGUUUUGUAAUUCUAUAUUUUAUGUUUCUUUUAAAUGGACUAAAUUUAUCAAAAGAACAUCUCAUUAUAUUAUCUCUCUAUGUAAACACACAUUCUUUAUUUUCUUAACUCUUUCCAAGAUAACAAUUGAAAUGAACAUUUUAGUGCCUAUUUCUCCCACACCCCAUUGCAGUGUGAUUUAAGUAAACUCAGUAUUGACCAAGAGAAGUUAAAGGACUGGGGGUGGAGCACAUGACAAAAUGUCUGACAGUGAGAAUUAGUAGGAAGUACAAUACUAAUACUGCAGUAUCCAAUUUAACUUUAAUUUAAUUUUAAACAACUGAUAUUUAACAUUUCUUUCAGGAGAAAAUAUUGGUUCAUAUAAAUGAUAGAAAACAAAGAUUUUAAUAUAUUUUUAAAGUUGUGAUAUGGCCCCACUUUAAUAGAUUUACUACCAUUAUGUUGUAUAGAUCUGGAGAGAUUCAUAUUUAAGGGGCAAUUAUAACACCCACAGAGCUAACUGUACUAAAUGCUUGUGCUGAAUCAAUAGCACAUAUGUAAUAACCCAAACAGCUGAUCUGUAUCACAUGAAUUGUUAUGUGUGCCUUUAAUUAUACCAUACGUACAGUUAAUCAGAACCAUUAUUUAUUAUUAUCUGUCUAAACCAUUUAAUAUACUUUUUACAGACACGGCCAGAGCACUGAGAGAUAUCAGGUAUUAAUGUAACUGGAGUGAAUAAGGGAACCUUCUUCCUGAGCACAGACAUUGGAACCUGUUAUCAGCAUGAACUCAUAUGUGUUAGACAAACACAUGAAUAGUUCAUUUCCAUCCUUUACUCCAGGAAGCCUCAGAAUGAUACCACAAACUCCAAUAGUCUCAGACACCAAUGGCUAUUCACAAACAUUGGGGUUAGCACAGCAGAUAUUUAAAGAAGAUGGUGAAUUGGCAGGAACUUGGAAGCAAUCAUUAUGUACAGAGAGUAAUUUAGUCAUCAAACAAGAGGACAACAUUUAUGACUUAUCUAGUGGAAUUAUUAUUUCAGAGGAUAAACCACACACAUUUACUGAGUUUUCAAAACAUAUUAAAGAAGGGAAAAGUCUACAGUCUAGCCAAAUGAUUCAUACAAAGGAGAAACCUUUCAAAUCUACAGAAAGUGAGAAAAGCUUUAGAUGUAAGUCUAAUUUACUAGAACACCACAAAAUUCACACAGGUGAGAAACCACACACAUGUACUGAGUGCGGCAAAUGUUUUACACAAAUGGAUCAUCUGAAAACUCAUAAAAAGAUUCACUCAGGAGAAAAGCCUUUCACAUGUACAGAGUGUGGAAAAAGUUUUACACAAAUGUAUUGUCUGAAAAUUCAUGAAAGGACUCACUCAGGAGAAAAGCCUUUCACAUGUACAGAAUGUGGAAAAAGUUUUACAGAAAAGAGUCAUCUGAAAACUCAUGAAAGGAUUCACACAGGAGAAAAGCCUUUCAUAUGUACAGAGUGUGGAAAAUGUUUUACAGUAAAGAGUAGUCUGAAAACUCAUGAAAGGAUUCACACAGGGGAAAAGCCUUUCACAAGUACAGAGUGUGGAAAAAGUUUUACAGAAAAGAGUCAUCUGAAAUGUCAUGAAAGGAUUCACACAGGAGAAAAACCUUUCACAUGUACAGAGUGUGGAAAAAGUUUUACAGAAAAGAGUAGUCUGGAAACUCAUGAAAGGAGUCACACAGGAGAAAAGCCUUUCACAUGUACAGAGUGUGGAAAAAGUUUUACAGAAAAGAGUCAUCUGAAACGUCAUGAAAGGAUUCACACAGGAGAAAAACCGUUCCCAUGUACAGAGUGUGGAACAUGUUUUACAGAAAAGAGUCAUCUGAAAAGUCACAAAAGGAUUCACACAGGAGAAAAGCCUUUCACAUGUACAGAGUGUGGAAAAAGUUUUACAAAAAAGAGUAAUCUGAAAAAGCAUGAAAGGAUUCACACAGGAGAAAAGCCUUUCACAUGUACAGAGUGUGGAAAAAGUUUUACAGAAAAGAGUCAUCUGAAACGUCAUGAAAGGAUUCACACAGGAGAAAAACCUUUCCCAUGUACAAAGUGUGGAACAUGUUUUACAGAAAAGAGUCAUCUGAAAAGUCACAAAAGGAUUCACACAGGAGAAAAGCCUUUCACAUGUACAGAGUGUGGAAAAAGUUUUACAGAAAAGUUUAAUCUGAAAAAGCAUGAAAAGAUUCACACAGGAGAAAAGCCUUUCACAUGUACAGAGUGUGGAAAAAGUUUUACAGAAAAGAGUAGUCUGGAAACUCAUGAAAGGAGUCACACAGGAGUAAAGCCUUUCACAUGUACAGAGUGUGGGAAAAGUUUUACAGAAAAGGUAAAGAGUAAUCUGAAAACUCAUGAAAGGAUUCACACAGGAGAAAAGCCUUUCACAUGUACAGAGUGUGGAAAAAGUUUUAAAGAAAAUAGUAGUCUGGAAACUCAUGAAAGGAUUCACACAGGGGAAAAGCCUUUCACAUGUACAGAGUGUGGAAAAAGUUUUACACAUAUGAGUAAUCUGAAAAACCAUGAAAGUAUUCACACAGGAGAAAAGCCUUUCACAUGUACAGAAUGUGGAAAAAGUUUUACAGAAAAGAGUCAUCUGAAAACUCAUGAAAGGAUUCACACAGGAGAAAAGCCUUUCAUAUGUACAGAGUGUGGAAAAUGUUUUACAGUAAAGAGUAGUCUGAAAACUCAUGAAAGGAUUCACACAGGGGAAAAGCCUUUCACAUGUACAGAGUGUGGAAAAAGUUUUACAGAAAAGAGUCAUCUGAAAUGUCAUGAAAGGAUUCACACAGGAGAAAAACCUUUCACAUGUACAGAGUGUGGAAAAAGUUUUACAGAAAAGAGUAGUCUGGAAACUCAUGAAAGGAGUCACACAGGAGAAAAGCCUUUCACAUGUACAGAGUGUGGAAAAAGUUUUACAGAAAAGAGUUAUCUGAAAUGUCAUGAAAGGAUUCACACAGGAGAAAAACCUUUCCCAUGUACAGAGUGUGGAACAUGUUUUACAGAAAAGAGUCAUCUGAAAAGUCACAAAAGGAUUCACACAGGAGAAAAGCCUUUCACAUGUACAGAGUGUGGAAAAUGUUUUACAGUAAAGAGUAGUCUGAAAACUCAUGAAAGGAUUCACACAGGAGAAAAGCCUUUCACAUGUACAGAGUGUGGAAAAAGUUUUACAAAAAAGAGUAAUCUGAAAAAGCAUGAAAAGAUUCACACAGGAGAAAAGCCUUUCACAUGUACAGAGUGUGGAAAAAGUUUUACAGAAAAGAAUAGUCUGGAAACUCAUGAAAGGAGUCACACAGGAGAAAAGCCUUUCACAUGUACAGAGUGUGGAAAAAGUUUUACAGAAAAGAGUCAUCUGAAAUGUCAUGAAAGGAUUCACACAGGAGAAAAACCUUUCCCAUGUACAAAGUGUGGAACAUGUUUUACAGAAAAGAGUAAUCUGAAAAGUCACAAAAGGAUUCACACAGGAGAAAAGCCUUUCACAUGUACAGAGUGUGGAAAAUGUUUUACAGUAAAGAGUAGUCUGAAAACUCAUGAAAGGAUUCACACAGGGGAAAAGCCUUUCACAUGUACAGAGUGUGGAAAAAGUUUUACAGAAAAGUUUAAUCUGAAAAAGCAUGAAAAGAUUCACACAGGAGAAAAGCCUUUCACAUGUACAGAGUGUGGAAAAAGUUUUGCAGAAAAGAGUAGUCUGGAAACUCAUGAAAGGAGUCACACAGGAGAAAAGCCUUUCACAUGUACAGAGUGUGGAAAAAGUUUUACAGAAAAGUUUAAUCUGAAAAAGCAUGAAAAGAUUCACACAGGAGAAAAGCCUUUCACAUGUACAGAGUGUGGAAAAAGUUUUACAGAAAAGAGUAGUCUGGAAACUCAUGAAAGGAGUCACACAGGAGUAAAGCCUUUCACAUGUACAGAGUGUGGGAAAAGUUUUACAGAAAAGGGUCAUCUGAAAAGUCAUGAAAGGAUUCACACAGGGGAAAAGCCUUUCACAUGUACAGAGUGUGGGAAAAGUUUUACAGAAAAGGAGUGUGGAAAAAGUUUUACACGAAUGUAUUGUCUGAAAACUCAUGAAAGGACUCACUCAGGAGAAAAGCCUUUCACAUGUACAGAGUGUGGAAAAUGUUUUACAGUAAAGAGUAAUCUGAAAACUCAUGAAAGGAUUCACACAGGAGAAAAGCCUUUCACAUGUACAGAGUGUGGAAAAAGUCUUAAAGAAAAUAGUAGUCUGGAAACUCAUGAAAGGAUUCACACAGGGGAAAAGCCUUUCACAUGUACAGAGUGUGGAAAAAGUUUUACACAUAUGAGUAAUCUGAAAAACCAUGAAAGUAUUCACAAGGGAAGAAACCUUUCAAAUGUUUAGAAAGUGAAAAAAAGGUUUUUAUUGAAAUCAA